UCUUAGCCAUUAAUGGAACCCAUCUCAAUUAGCAGCAUCCAUCUAUUAGUUCAGCCAGUUCCAUCUUUCUAUAAAAGACUGCUUUUAGCCGGUUGGUGGUUUGACAUCCUUCCAGCUCACAGUAAUCAUUUUCUUGGCAGUCAGCAAAGGAAUCCUUAAUACGUAUCUCUGGCAUAUGUUAUACUGGUCUUUACGUGUAGCUCCCAACAAAACAUAUAUACGUACAUAUGUGGGCAAGAUAAGAGGUGUGUUAAAGUGGGCGGCUGUGGCUGAGGGGGUAGAGUGGUCGUCCUCGAACCUGAAGGUCGGCAGUUUGAUCCCCAGUUUGACCCAUCUGCAAGCCGAAGUGUCCUUGGGCAAGAUGCUGAACCCCGAAUGCCCCCCCUAUAGAAUAAGAUGCACUGUAUGAAUGUUUGUGUGGAUGGGUGAAUGUAAACCUGUACUGUAAAGCGCUUUGAGUGGUCAUCAAGACUAGAAAAGCGCUAUACAGAUACAAAACCAUUACCAUUCAGAUAUUUCAUUUCCAGUCAAAUUCUUUUCAUAAUGUGAGUUUGCACAUAAGUAUUCCCAUAUGUUGAGUCAGGUACAUUUACAGAACGGAUAUCUACAAAUUUUACAGUGUUUGAUUGAAAUUGAAAAAUGAAGGGUCUUGGUGGAGGUAAGUGCUCAACUUUCAUUCUGCCUCUCAACGAGAGGGAUUUGAAGACUGAAUUUGACUCAACUGCCUUGCUGUUGUAUACAGUAUUUAUCAAAAUAUAAAGAACAAAACUUAGGUAUUUACUUAAUUUGUGAUCUGCGUUCUUAAAAUAAUGUAAGAACUAUUGAAAUACUCCAGUUUAAGGUAAACUGUAGUUAAAAUAAAUUAUUUAACUGAAUUUCCAGAUCCUAAACCCUAAAUCCACCAAGUGACAUGCAGAGAAAGAACAGAGAAGAAAUGUUAUAUCCGUCCUAAUAACUGAGAUGAGGAAGGAAAUGGGCAUUGUGGGAAGAACUGCAGCAAAUGCUCCAACACAACGCUCAGCCCUCUGAGGCAGGGCCGUGCCUUGUGAUUGGUCCACACUCUGAUAAGUUUCCGCAUCUCCCCCUGUGAGCAAGGCUCAGCUUAUUAAACAGCAUGGCCACUGCAGAGAAGGUGAUCCGCUGCAGAGCUGCAGUAGCAUGGGAGGCCGGGAAACCUCUUGUGAUGGAGGAGGUGGAGGUGGCGCCUCCUAAAGCAGGGGAGGUUCGGCUCAAGGUUGUGGCCACAGGGAUCUGCCACACUGACUCCUACACCCUGAGUGGCUCGGACCCUGAGGGAGUUUUCCCCUCGGUGCUGGGCCACGAGGGAGCUGGUAUCGUGGAGAGUGUCGGAGAUGGAGUCGUCAAGUUUCAACCAGGGGACACGGUCAUACCGUUAUAUGUCCCACAAUGUGGAGAGUGCAAGUUCUGCAAAAAUCCCAAAACCAACCUCUGCCAAAAGAUCAGGCUCACUCAGGGCAAAGGCUUGAUGCCAGAUGGGACGACUCGAUUCUCCUGCAAAGGCAAAAGCCUCUUCCACUUCAUGGGCUGCAGCACGUUCUCUGAGUACACUGUGGUGGCCGAGAUCUCUCUGGCCAAAGUGGACCACAGGGCCCCGCUGGACAAGGUUUGUCUGCUGGGCUGUGGCAUCACCACCGGAUAUGGAGCUGCUAUAAAUACGGCCAAGGUGGAGGCUGGGUCGACCUGUGCAGUGUUUGGCCUGGGGGCACUGGGCCUCGCAGCCAUAAUGGGCUGUAAAGCAGCCGGGGCCGCUCGGAUUAUUGGCGUCGAUCUAAACCCUGACAAGUUCCCCACUGCUCAAGAGUUCGGGGCCACGGACAUGGUGAACCCGAAGGAGCACAGCAAGCCAAUCCAAGAGGUGCUGGUGGAGAUGACGGACGGAGGCGUGGACUACUCCUUCGAAUGUGUGGGCAAUGUGGCAAUCAUGAGAGCAGCUCUGGAGGCAUGCCAUAAAGGAUGGGGCACAAGCAUAAUCAUCGGGGUGGCAGCUGCCGGCCAGGAGAUCUCCACCCGACCCUUUCAGCUGGUGACUGGACGCACCUGGAAAGGCACUGCCUUCGGAGGAUACAAGAGUGUGGACAGUGUUCCCAAACUGGUGGACGAGUACAUGAACAAGAAGCUGAAAGUGGAUGAAUUUGUAACUCACACUUUGCCCUUUGAGAAGAUCAAGGAUGGUUUCGAUCUCAUGCAUGCUGGGAAGUGCAUCCGUGUGGUCCUCCAGUUCUAGAUGCAGAGGAGCACUGAAAACACAAUGGAAGUCCAUGUUGUGCUGAGUCAAAUAAAUAAUCCUUAAAUUCA